AUGUUUCGAGUUGCGACGAUUUUUGUUUUAUUCAUAUAUGUUAACGGUGCAUCAAUUACACCAGAAUCACAAGCAGAAACUGUGGCAUAUCAAAAUACAAACGAUGGUAGCGGGAACUAUUUCUUCAGUUAUGUAACAUCUAACGGCAUAACAAGACAAGAAAGUGGGCAUCUUGUUAAUGCAGGACAACCCGACGAGCACGUUGACGUGGAAGGUUUUUAUUCUUACACGGAUUCUGAUGGAGUUUUACAAAGCAUAUAUUAUACUGCAGAUACUAAUGGAUAUUCUAUUCGAACAAAGCCACUUCUUAUUCAGACACCUUUUUCACUACCCGAAACUGUCGUAGCAUCAUUGCUUGGAAAAUGA